UGACAUUUUCAGAUUUGUGUACGGAAGUGGUCAGCGGGUUGUAAGUUCAGAGGGUAAAGGCUAUCCCUCUUUCGAUUGAGAAUACACACAGCCAUCUUGGAUCUAACGUAGAGAAGGGAAAUUGAUGCGGUGACAUAAGGCAUGUUUGGUGCUAGAAAGAAAUUUGUUGAGGUAGUCGAUAAUGACUUCUCGGAUGAAAGCAUGUACUACAGCCAGCCGUCGAUGUUUCCACAUCGGUCGGACAAAGAUUCCUCAAAUGUUUUCCUUCAGAUGCUGUCGUCUCCAUCGCCAUCGUCGUCGGGUCAGCUGUCGCAGCUUGGUGCGAGUUUGUAUGGUCCACAAAGUGCACUUGGCUUCUCGGUAAGGGGCAUGGGGAAUAGCACGCCUCAGUUAAACCGAAAUCUAACGCAAGGCUCGCAGUUACCAAGUCAUAUCACCCCCACGACGGGGGUCCCCACCAUGUCCCUCCAUACCCCUCCAUCACCAAACCGGGGGACGUUGCCGAUGAACACGAGAAACAUGCUAAACCACUCUCAGGUCGGUCAAAGUAUUGGGAUGAGCGGCAGGACCAAUAGUAUGAGCAGCUCGGGGCUGGGCAGCCCGAACCGCAGCUCGCCAAGUAUCAUCUGUAUGCCCAAACAGCAGCCAGCACGCCAGCCCUUCACCAUAAACAGCAUGUCGGGGUUUGGUAUGAACCGAAAUCAAGCUUUUGGAAUGCCCAACUCGUUAUCGAGCAGCAUCUUCAAUGGCACAGAUGGGAGUGAAAAUGUAACGGGACUGGAUCUGUCAGACUUCCCUGCGUUAGCAGACAGGAGUCGGAGAGAAGGGACGGGAAACCCAACACCGGUGCUCAACCCACUGGCUGGACGGGCUCCUUAUGUUGGCAUGGUGACAAAGCCUUCAACAGAACAGACGCAGGAUUUCUCCAUCCACAACGAGGACUUCCCUGCACUGCCUGGCCCGAACUAUAAGGACCCCUCGUUGAACAGUGAUGACACCAAAACUAACUUGAACUCCACAACCAAGAGCACAUCCAAUGCAGAUGGGCCGAAGUUCCCGGGAGAUAAGACGACCUCAGCACAGAACAACAACCAGAAGAAAGGGAUCCAGGUGUUGCCCGAUGGUCGGGUGACGAAUAUUCCCUCAGGAAUGGUGACGGACCAAUUCGGCAUGAUUGGCCUGCUGACGUUUAUCCGGGCAGCAGAGACUGAUCCAGGGAUGGUCCAUCUGGCGCUAGGAAGUGACCUCACGACACUGGGACUCAACUUAAACUCACCAGAAAACUUGUACCCUAAGUUUGCCUCUCCUUGGGCCUCGUCACCAUGUCGACCUCAAGACAUUGACUUCCACGUUCCAUCUGAAUACUUAACCAAUAUCCACAUAAGGGACAAGUUGGCAGCAAUUAAACUGGCACGGUAUGGCGAGGACCUGUUGUUCUACCUGUACUACAUGAACGGAGGAGACCUGCUGCAGCUCCUGGCAGCCGUAGAGCUCUUUAACCGGGACUGGAGGUACCACAAAGAGGAGCGGGUUUGGAUAACAAGGGCGCCGGGCAUGGAGCCUACACUGAAGACCAACGCAUACGAGAGGGGAACCUACUACUUCUUUGAUUGUCUUAACUGGAGGAAAGUUGCCAAGGAAUUUCAUCUGGAGUAUGACAAGCUGGAAGAGAGGCCUCACGUGCCGACAACAUUCAACUACAACCCAGCCCAGCAGGCCUUCUAAGGCCCGACCAGUCCAAAGGGCCGCAGCGGUUCCUGCACACAACACUGUUGGUCCAGGAGGGGGCGCUGUGGUUCACAGAGCUCGGUUUUUAUUCCUCGAGGAUUUGACUUUCUUGACUGCGGGGGUCGUCGCCACCAUCAAAACUGCCCUGCCUUUCCAAAAUUACAUGCUGCCCAAAACACCAACACUUGUUCUGUUUUUAUUCUUUAUGUUCCUCCUGUUUUUUUGUCUUGUUUCCAGCAGGGUCUGUGUUAUGUUUACGUCUCUGAAUCUGAAGCCUGUUUUCUUUUAGAAAAGGAGGACGGACCUUGUGGCACAGGACAGUGACAGAUCAAGGUUUACACCUCGCCAAGUGUUAAUAACAGAAAAAGGCGAGGAGGUUAACAUCCUCGGACGAAAGUGAAAGGGUGAAAGAAAUGCAAUGUUUAUUGUUGCACUAUAUUUAGUAAUAAAAGAACACAACAUUUGUUUGUGAUUUUUUUAUGUGAACACUCCCAGAUCAUUUUCCCUUUCCAUACUUUGUUGUGGGUCAGGGGUUCAAGCAACUUUCCAAAUGCAUCCCUUUCCAUCUCACCCUUUUCAUUUUCCUUCCUUCCAUUGAUUCCAACCUCUGUAUUUGCACCACCCAACAGUUUUCUGUCUCUCACUCUGUCCGUCUCUCGCUGUGACUUCUGUUGAACAUGGACACAAAUCUGUGAGACUGCUUUGGUUUCACAAAUGUGGACAAAUCCUCGCAGAGGCUUAUCCGCUACACGACGUUGCUCUGGAGCAAACAAAACACUUUCCAGUCUUUGUUACAAUUUUGUAAGAAAUGUGUACAUUUUGUUUCUUUGCAUCACAUAACUUAGUAUAUGUAUGUACGAAUGUGUAUAUAUGAUUGCUAUAUAUAUGUAUGUGUAUAUAUAUACAUAUAUAUAUAUAUAGGACAUCUAUUUUGAAAGAAAUUUUGCCCUGCCUUUAACCUCGUUUUUAUGAGGUGAGCAUGGAUGCAAUAUGUGGACGCAACAGGACAUUUCUGGAUCUGCUGGACAGGGUCUCACAUGGCACUGCGGGCACUUAACUUCAAAAAUAAAAAUACAAAAUGUAAAAUGUCAUUCAAGGAAAGGCCUGAUUCUCACCGAAAAAAUAAACACGGACACCAUCCCUUAAGUUUGGAGUUCAGCGCAACAAAAGGGAGGGGUUUCAAUUUGAGCUGCUGAACAGCAGUGAACGGCAGCAUUUCAUAGGAAACGGAAAAAUGAAUAAAUGAGGAGAAAAAAAGACCAAGACCAAUCUUGUAUUUUCUGAAGUUAAAGCUUCUUUUCUUUGUAUUAAAGCAGAAAAGGCUUUCCUGAAA